UCUACUUAGCUACGAACUACUUUGUACAAUUUAUUUUACUACAUUCUUGUGUGUUUUAUAUUGUUUUGACCCAAAAAUACAGUGCUAACACAAUCAUGAUUGCUCUCUUUGCUUGUAAAUGUUUAAAUUUAACAUUAGAAAGUGAUAAAAUCGAAGAUAACAUCGACAUUGGUAAACUGGAGUUAACACCGACGGAACAAAGGGAUAUUUUUUUCAGCGAGAAGCUGGUUUCAUGUCCAAGCGGUGGUUUGAAGCAUCAUGCGGCGCAGCCUGCCCUGCUGGGGCAGCGCCCUGUGGGCCGCUGGCUGAUCAACUCCUGCAUCGCCUGCGGUCAGACCACACACGCAGUCCUCACUGACAGACCCAACAUUGUUCUCAUUUGCAAAUCUAUUAAUACUACACUGGAGCGUGUAAACAGCUUAAAGAAAUCAAAGAAUUUCUCUCCAGUUUUCCACCUACUCGUGCCAGAAGUUUCAAGGGACAUUGAGAUGAAGGAGAAUGUGGAUACGUCAAACUUGAUUUUUAGUGAUAGGAAAAGCUGGCCACCACAGCAGGUGCUUGGUACACUGAGUAAGCAGCUCAACCAGACUCUGCAGGCACAACUGGAGGCAAUGGAGGAAUCCGUCAGGCAAUUCAGAGAUCAGAAAUAUGCAGAAUUCGAAGCAUUCAGAGAAAGAGCACAUAGGGAUCACAAAAUUUUAACUAGUAUUAUAAGCAAGGCUCGCAAGAGCUCCGAGAGCGAGGGCUGGCGCAUCGACGCGGGCCUGGACAACGGGCCUCCCUCACCACAACUACCUCCACUACAGAGACGAAGACUGUCCUCCUUUAAAGAUGCCAAAAAACUCUCACAAGUUGCUAAGCCAAAAAAGCAACUACCCCCAGAAGAAGAUUCGUUAGAAGCGGAAGAUAUAUUCGACCUGGAAGGCACCGAUUCCCGCCAUAACAUGGUGUCGGACCAGGACGACUAUGAUUCUGAUCCCGAGGGCAGCCGCGACGAGGGCAUCCACAUCGGGCGCGGGCGCGCCGCGGCGGCCGACAUCGCGCGCUCGCUGCCCAUCAACAUGCCCAACUUCCCCACCGAGCGGGCCGUGCCCAGCGACCUGGACGAUGAUGAGGAGCCUCAAGACAUAGCGGCGAGCAUCAAGGCGCUGGCGCGGUCAGUCCACGGGGACCCGUUCGAGCUGCCGCGCCCGCGCUUCUCCACGCAGAUCUAGGGCCGCGUGGCCCGUGGGCAGUGCCGUGUCGCCUGGAAGCGCGCAAUGCCCGUUAGUGUUGCCAUUUUAUAACAUUCAACAAUUCAUGUUAGGUUAAGAACUGCGGCUGUUGCAUGGUUACGCUGUAGACGAAUAUCGCGGGCUUCGACCACUAGCCGUACCACGUAGGGAGCAUGCACCUAUUGGUGGAAACGCGCGGUAUAUAUCGCGUGUGUACCCGUGCAGGGCUGCUCCACAAAUUUACAGACCGUGUCUCUUCGAGUUGUGCAUUGUGUUAGUGGAGUGUCCCACACGGUGCUUCGGAUGUGAUCGCAGUGACCCUAACUAGAUACUACUGGACUUCUAAGGCAGCGUACGAAGUGAUACAUAAUAACUAAGAUACUCAGAGUAACUAAAGUCAAUUUCUCUAUUUCGUAUUAUUAAUCCAACAUUUUUAGCUGUUUUGUACUUUCCCUUGCAAAAUGCAAUACCGAUACAGGGUUCGAUGCUAAUUGCAGUCUUGCAGCCCACAGACAGUUGCUCAUAAUAAACCGAAUGUAGUUUGUAAGAGGCUAUGAAACGUUACUCGUAUUUAGCAGAGUUAUAAGGAACCAAAAAUUUGUUCUAACACGGGAAUAAUGCACUAAUCAACUGGUACAGUCUCUGACAAUUAUUUGAAUACGUGCCAGCCGCCAGGUCGUGUGCGUACGGAUAUACAAUUAGCACGUUGCCGUGUAUACAGACACGAAUACACACGUGUUCGAUGUUAGAGAGCAUGGUACAACGAAACAAGGUAUGCUCAAAAGUGACUUCUAUUAUUUCCAGUGGGCUUAACACCGUAAGCGCGCGACUCUUUCUCGCCUCGUCAUACGUCACCCGUCACCCUCUCACAGUAUUGCACAGAAAGAGACAGAUGAUCUCUGUCGCGGCGAGAAAGUGUCGCGUGCUUAUGGUGCUAAGCCCGCUGGUUAGCCGCGCCGACGUCAUCCCACCCACUGUUGCCAUCUUUGAAAAAAUAAAUUACGACUAAUGUUUAUUAAAUUUUAAACUUUUAGUAAAAGAUUUACUUACAGUAGGCUAGUUUCCAACAGGUCAAAUCAGUUACUUUUCACUAAACUUCAAACACAAAAUGAUUACGGAAUCUGAAUGAAAAAGCAACCUGGGACGUCAUAGAAAAACGUGACAAAAUGUCGCACAUAUUAUUAAAUUUUUCUUUCUAAAUUUCAUAAAAAAGUUUAAUAAGAUCUAUUUUUAUUUAGUAAUCAGAAUUUCGUAAUUUAUCUUUGACCUAGGAAACUACCCAGUUUUAAUUAAUUUUAUAUAUGUGACAAGUGAUAGUAAUUAACGUUACUCAGUAAUUCGCUUAAAUUUCAAUAAUAAAUUUUAAGUUCUUGGACUGUUGGAGAUACUAAUUUAAUGGCAACACUUGCGUCAUCAAACGGCUAGCAAUAGGAUUGAGCGUACCUUGUUAAGUUGUACCAUGGUUAGAGAGUAAUAAUUAUAGUCUGUAUACACCGGCCGUGCACAGCGGGCUUAGCACCGUAAGCGUGUGACUCUUUCUCGCCUCGACAUACACCCGUCACUCUCUCACAGUAUUGCAAAGAAAGAGACAGAUGAUCUCUGUCGCGGCGAGAAAAAGUCGCGUGCUUACGGUGCUAAGCCCACAGGUGUCAGCGACAUUUGUUAAACGUAUGUAAUUAUAUAAAAUUAUAUGAAUAACAAAUAUAUAUAACUAUCGUAUGUUAACAUCUAAGUCAUAUCGCCGUUAAUAGAGACUAUAGAGUUUUCUAUUAUUUUUAUCAGGUGUUAUCUUAAUGAUAAGUGAAAAAUGUACAAAAAAUAUUAAUACUUGCAUUUCUUACUAGUCUUUUGGGGUCACGAAUAAUAAUUUCUCAUUGUUAAAAUUUUUAUUUUUUUUCAAUAAGUAGUAAUUAUGGAAUUAAAAGAAUACAUGUCUAUUGAAUAUUUCAAAGUGUACAUAAGAUCAUGGCUAUUGCUUUCGACGGUAACUAGAGUUUUGAGAUGAGAAUUAUUUUUAUACACAAUAUUUUGAAAGCGGCGCAUGCGACGGAUCAGAGUAGGCCACGAGAUGUAAGCUUCAUUUGUCAUUCAGUUUGGUAGGUGUACUGUUUACUUAUAGUUUCGUUGUUUGUAAUGUUGUUACGCCGGCGUCGGUGUCUUCCAUACUCUACCGUUCUGUGAACUGAGAACCGGGUGUUUUUUUUUUAAUUGUGAUGUUCAACUUCAGUCAGUUGUUUUAAUUUAGCUGUAACUACUAAUUGUUUCACGGUGUGACGAUACUUGAGAUGGACCUUGAUUGUAAUGAAUAUUAGUGAUCAUGUAAUAAAUAUUGACUGUAAAAGAUA